GUUGUACCCCUUUCUCGAGAAAGGGGACGUGAUUGCCUAAAUCGUUUUGAGUGAAGACUGUAGGUGUUCUCAGAGGACCCGCGUACACGCUCAGGUGCUCUGUGCAGGUUCAGUUAUUGGCAACUGCAAGAUUUUGCUCUCCACUGCCGAAGAGAGGAAGAAAGGUUAGCUUGUGUCUUUGCAAAAACUGAAAAGGGGCUACAUAGCCGCUCGUGCGUUGCAGUGUCACAGGCCUGAUUUGAAACAACUGCUGUGGCCUCAGAGAGGAAGCCAGCUUCAUCCCUGACUGAUGGACCUCUUCGGCUUUGUGCUCACUGUGCUCCUUUGCACCGCUGUGGUGCUGGGAAAGCCAACGUUAAGAAAAGAGAGAGUACUUUAUCAGGACCCCGAACUGAGCCGGCAGGCCCACGAAGACAAUAAAAGCUUCCAGUACGACCAUGAGGCCUUUCUGGGCAAAGAUGAGGCCAAAACAUUUGAUCAGCUCACCCCCGAGGAGAGCAAGGACAGGCUCAGUAAAAUAGUGGACCGGAUAGACGGUGACGCCGAUGGCUUCAUCACCACAGAUGAGCUCAAGGCUUGGAUAAAACGAGUACAGAAGCGAUACGUGUAUGAGAAUGUGGCCAAGGUGUGGACAGAUUAUGACCUGAACAAAGACAACAAGAUUUCAUGGGAUGAGUACAAGCAAGCCACAUAUGGAUACUAUCUCGCCAAUCCAGAGGAAUUUGAGGACACAACAGACCAGUUCAGCUUCAAGAAGAUGCUUCCUCGGGACGAGAGGAGGUUUAAAACAGCUGAUCUGGACGGAGACCUGGCAGCAGACAGAGAAGAGUUCACAUCCUUCCUCCACCCUGAGGAGUUUGAUCACAUGAAGGAUAUUGUGGUUCUGGAAACCCUGGAGGACAUUGAUAAGAACAGUGACGGACAUGUGGAUGAAGAUGAGUAUAUUGCCGACAUGUUCGCACAUGAGGACGGGGGUCCGGAGCCGGACUGGGUCAAGACUGAAAGGGAGCAGUUCUCUGAUUUCCGAGACUUGAACAAAGAUGGUAAGAUGGAUCGGGACGAAAUCCGUCACUGGAUUAUGCCACAAGACUAUGACCAUGCCCAAGCCGAGGCCAGACAUCUGGUGUACGAGUCUGACCAGAACAAGGACCAGAUGCUGACCAAAGAGGAGAUCCUUGAAAACUGGAACAUGUUUGUGGGAAGUCAGGCCACCAACUACGGAGAGGACCUCACCAGGAACCACGACGAGCUCUGAGCCGCCGGUGCAGCUUCUGGCAUGUGUGUGAGAGGAGGGUUGUUGAACAUCUCUGUCUGUGUAGACAGAAUCACAAACUCUCGCACAUCCUCCCACUACAGCAACCACCACUCCAUCCUUUCCUCGUAAGAGCAGGACAGAUGUCAGUGUGUUGUUGGUUUGCCAGACAACACUGUAGAUAACGAGACAAGGGGGGGGGGGAGGGUCCAUCCUACCACUAACACUAAGGGUCCAAUCUCGGCUUUUACAUCAGUGGUUCUGUUUCUGACAUUCAGGAGCGAGCCGGACCCGGUGGACCUGCUUCCCAUCGAUGGUGCCUUCCAGCCGCAUCGCCGGCUUUGCUGCCUCAGAGAUCUGUGUAGAUAGUCUUUAAUAAAAUCUGUCAAAGCUGAAUGGUCAGAUGCAGCAACAGUUUUUGAUACUGAUGUUAAUGUGAAACUACAGUGCAGAUCAUUAUCUUGAUUUUAUUUAUUUAUCAAAUCUCUAUCAUUUAGGUUUGAGAGGAAUACAGUGUUUAACUUGAGAUUUAUUUUUUUUUUUAAAACAAGUUAUGGUUCUUUGUUUACAGUUUUCCUGGCCAAAUGAUUUGGUUUGUUUUUAUUAGUCAAAUGCUUUAAUUAACCGAUGUUUAAUGGCAUGGGUUUUGCAUGCUUUCGGUUUUAUUGUAGCCUCUGAAAAGUUUUUGCCUUCCUACGUAGUUAGAAGUGUAUUUAUUGAUAUACUUAAGGCCAGCCAUAUUCUCCAUGUUCAUUUUUUGUUGUCCUUUUCCUGAUGUUGUGUCUGAGCUUUAACCUUUCAUAGCUCUCUUAAUUUAAAGUCGUCCUUUUUUUUCGUUUUUUUUUUUUUUACUAAGCUACUGACUUGAAUACAUAAGAGAGGAGUAGAAAAGUUUCCUUUCCUCAACUCUCACAACUUUGUGCUUGCUGUUACAUUACUCCAAGGUCAUCUUCUGUAUCAUAUGAACCAGAUUUUUUCCCCCACUUCAUUUGGUAUUGUAUAGUAGCCUGGUGUUUUAGAACAUCAGCAACUCCUUUUUAUCCACAUUUUUUGUAUUGUUUAAUGGAUCUUUUGUAUAACAGCUACAUACACAACUCAUGCAAAGAACAAACUAUGACCAGAAUUUGAGGGUCUUGUAAUUCACCAAAAAAAAAACAACCUUUUUUCCUCGGUUUCAUCUUUUUGUCGUUGUGCUCUGUUGUCCCAAACCUCAGUUGCAUUAAUAGUCCACAUCACACAUGGGCGCAGAUGCAUCAGCAUGUCUCCUUUUCACUGCACAUGCUCGUAAAAUGUGUCAAAAUAAAAAGAAAAGAAAAA